GACCAUCAGUGUGAUUUCUGAAACAUGCUGGAGCUCUCCUGAGUCGAGACGCGGAGGAACUGCAAAGGUCCCGGGCGCUCCGAGAGAGCAACCGCAAUCGCUAGAUUUUGGAAAAGCAGAUGUAGAAGAGAUGGAGUUAAGUGAACAUGAAGUGCCAAUAUAUGGGCAGCAGCCAAUAUUAGCAGUGUUUGAAGAGACUUGUCUCUUACCUGAAAAUACAGAAUUGUACUUCGUUUAUGAAGGCUCCCGCCAGAUGCAUGUCACUGUGGCUCAGAGGCUGGAUGCUAGGACACUGAAGUCAGUAAUUCCAGGCCAUGACAUUUUGGAAAGUGUUACAGUUUCUGCCUGUAUGUACACAGAGAGACAUUUGGUAUCUAUCCUUGGGUGCAGUCAGAUUACCUAUGUUCAGGAUGUCGCACACAAGCUAGCUCAGUUUCUGAUUGGAAGUGUUGACACAGUCACUUGCACUAGUCACCUGACUCUGCUUGAACAAUUUGGCCUCACGAUAGAGGCAAUGCAGUCAUUAGAUGAGAAGAUGACGGCAGCAGUUGAACACUUGGAAUUACUUCCAUCUUGGAAUCUCCUUGGAAAGUGGCCGGAACAAGAGCUAAUACCCAGAGAAACCUUGCUACAUGUUUCAGUGAGAUUGGGCCUUUAUAAAUUCUCUGAGUUCCUGUUGUGCAAGCCUGGUGGGAUCCAAGCUCUGGUGAUGCCAAAUGAGGAAGGGGAGACACCUGUGGACUUGGCAUUGCAGAACGGGAUGCAGCAUCUUGCUGACUAUUUCACAGAUCUCCAGAAUUCCCAUGUCACUCCAUCAUCUGGAAUCUGUAAGACUUUUGGUGACAGCUACGUACUACAGAAUUGCCUUAGGGAACCAAAUACUUACACAUUGACCAUGGAAAACAACAGAAGACAAUCCCUUGAGACAGAUAUUCUGCUUCUGCGCAGACAUGUACAGGAGAAUACAGUGCAGGCUUUUCAGAACAUCGGUAAUACAAAGGAAGUGAUGUUGGGCCUCCCUGUUAUGGAAGAGGCUGAUAAUGAAGCAGAAUUAGAUGAAGGAUCUUGUUUUGAAAUGUUUUCCUGUGACGGUGGUCAGUCUUCAGGAAACUUAGACAAGAAGGUCUGCAUUGAGCAUGUUGGCGUGGAGACAGAUCAGGCAGGUUCAUUUCUGGAUGAAGCGGAUCAAUGCCUACUAGAUGCAGAGUUCAACCAUACUUCACAAGAAUUCUUAAAAAAGUCAAGACCACAGUCAUCUACCCUUUCAGCAAGGCAUUCUUCCAUGUUAAAUGGCAGAGCAGAAAUUUAUGCCAAUUGUAUGGUUGUAGAUCAGGUAGAUGAGGGUGGUGUAAACUAUAAUAUUGAUGGCGCUGCUACUGGAAGUACCAGUACCGAAAACAGACAAAGUGGAAAACUAUCUGAAGAGUAUCUUGGUCAGGGUUACAAUACCUCUGCCUCUAAGGAACCCGACGUACCUGCAGUAUUAGAGUCUAAUAUAUGUAGGACAUUUUUAAGUGAAUGUCCUGAAGAUCAAAUAGAUAAUGCCACAAUUCUAAAAGAAGAUCAGGAUAAUUUAGUGGAACAAGUUUCCAAUUUGCCUUCACCAGACAGUAUUUUCUGCCAGUCACUAGUACUGUCUCGGAACCAUGGCUGUGCCAAAGCAGAAAGUCCUUCCACAAACAUUAGCAGUAAGCCAAGAUUCAACUUUGAUGGCAUUGAUGCUGACAGUGAAGGAGAGGAAAUUUCAGAUCGAUCUCAGGGUUCAUGCACUCCAAAAUCUCCAAACUCUGCUGCAUUAUUUGCUAGCAGUGGGGAUGAACUGGACUCUUUUGAGGCUCACCAGGACGCUGAGAUGAACAUGAAGGGACUUGAAUCCAUGCGUUCAACAAGCAGCUUACUGUCCAAGGUGUCUGAAGAUACUGGAAUUCGAAUGAGAUCAUACUCCCUUUCCUCACCUAAAGUGUCACAAAGCAAAUCGAGAUUCAUAAGGGAUUUUAGUUUGAGUGAUUCCACAAAUGAAGAACAGCGAAACUUCAGUCUACCUGAGCACCCGAAAGAGAAAAGAAAGGCACGCCUUUUUCAAAAUUCUCUUUGUACUGUGCAUAAUUUAUACAUUUUUAAUGUUAAAUGCUGUCAUUCAGUCAUGGGGAGUUGCAGGAUUAGAAGAAAAGCUAUUAGGGAACUUAGUUUUCGCAAGCGGGCACAGUCAGCUGAUGAGGAAGGCUGUUCGGAGCUAGCAGACUCGCUGCAGCAUCUGACAUUAUCGGAGUUUCUUAAAGAAAUUGAAGAAGAAGUAUGGGACAAAUAUAUUAUUCCUUCAAAAGCAGAGACUGAGAAAUAUAAAGUGAGCCGUACAUUCAGUUUCCUCAAGAACAGAAUGACAAGCACCCGAAACAAGGGCAAGGGAAAACAUAAAGAGACCAAGGAAAAAGAGAAAUGGAACAAUGCCCAUCAAUUUGUUGCAGGGGUUAUUUCAGGGACAGUGCAAUGCUUGGUUUGUGACAAGUUUGUUGGUGGAAAAGAUGUUCUGCAGUGCUUCAAUUGUUCCAUGAAUGUUCAUAAAAGCUGCCGAGAUUCUGUCCCUGUGUGUACCAAAACAAAGCAUCAACAGAAACCUCAUGACAAAUAUAACAUGAUUUCCAGAAGCAAACCAGCCCAUUGUGUGCAUUCCAAUUCACUUAAGGAUCCUCCAUCACAAUCACUGAAUACCACAUCUUGUUCUUUACCUGUUGGAAUAUCUGCUCUCAAACGAGAUUCUUCACUACAGCAUCAGCCACUGUCAAAAAGUGCUUCUAGUAUCAGUAUAGACAGGAGAAUUGGUGAGUCAAUGGAGUUAGAAGUGGAUGGAUAUGUUUCCAGGAACAGAUCACAGUCUGAAGAAUUAAUUCAAACAAUGGGUUCAUCUCCAUCAACAGAAUCACUUACAUUAGAUGAUAUGCGUGGAGACCUUGAAUUUGAUGCAGAAGAAUUUAAAGCUGAGUCCUGGAGCCUUGCUGUUGAUCAUGCAUUUAGCAGUAGGCAACAGAAAAACAUGAUAAAGAGACAGGAUGUGAUAUAUGAGCUGAUGCAGACAGAGAUGCACCACGUUCGGACCCUGGAGAUAAUGUCGGAAAUUUAUAGGAAGGGCAUGAAGGAGGAGCUGCAAAUAGAUCACGGCGUCAUUGACAAAAUAUUUCCCUCUUUGGAUGAGCUGUUAGAAAUUCACAAGCAUUUUUUCUUCUGCUUGAAAGAGAGGCGCCGGGAGUCUUUUGAGGAAGACAGUGAAAGGAACUUCUUUAUUCAUAAAAUUGGUGAUAUCCUUUUACAACAGUUUACAGAUGAGAAUGCCAAUAAGUUGAAGCACUCUUAUGGUGAAUUUUGCAGCCAUCACAAUGAGGCAGUCAGUUUAUUUAAAGAACUGCAACAACAAAACAAGAAAUUUCAGAACUUUAUCCGACAACAAAGCAACAAUCUACAAGUCCGACGCCUUGGUGUCCCUGAAUGUAUACUACUAGUUACCCAACGCAUCACCAAGUACCCAGUCCUGCUUGAACGUUUACUACAGUACACAGAAGAAGGGACAGAAGAAAAUGAGGAUGUGGCUAGAUCUCUUGCUAUGAUAAAGGACAUAAUCACAUCAAUUGAUACGAAAGUCAACAAAUAUGAGAAAGAGCAAAAACUACUUGAAAUCUUAAGUAGGUUUGAAAACAAAACGUAUGCCAAGUUGAAGAAUGGCCGUGCAUUCAGGAAGCAAGAUCUGACCAGCCGAAACAGAGAGUUACAGCAUGAAGGUUCAAUGUAUUGGAAAACAGCCACAGGACGAUUGAAAGAUAUCACUGCUCUGCUCCUUACCGAUGUGCUGAUUUUCCUGCAGGAUAAAGAUCAAAAGUACACAUUUGCCACUGUGGACCAGAAGCCUGCAGUCAUUUUACUGCAGAAACUAAUUGUCCGUGAAGUUGCAAAUGAGGAACGAGGAAUGUUCUUGAUCAGUGCUUCAUCUGCUGGACCAGAAAUGUAUGAGAUACACACGAACUCAAAGGAGGACAGGAAUAACUGGAUGAGACUGAUCAGGAUGGCAGUAGAGAGUUGCCCCGAGGAAGAGGAAGAGCGGCUAAGUGAGUACGAAGAGGACAAGCGCGUUUCUGAGGCAAGAGCAGCCAGGACCCGGAAAUUCCAAGAGCGGCUAGGUUUCCAAGAUCAGCUUAUCUGCACUUGUUUGGAGGAAAAGCUACAGAUCCUUGCAGACGUGAUUGAAAGACGUGGCAGUGAAGAAGCACUUCAAGAGGCCCAUCUUUUGAUUAGACUAGAUACUGUUGAACUUCCUCAGGCUGGAUUUUUAAUGAAUGCUGCAGUCAGGGAGGUUGAGAGCCUUCAAACUGCAAUGAGAUCUCAACCAUGCAGCUUUGUUGGGCAACCACUGGAAAAUGUGGGAGAGUCAGUGACACCUAGCAAGCUCGAAAUGUGUGGGAACUUGACCCAGCAUUCACCACCAACAGUGUCACCAGACACUAAGGAUCCAGGUUUGAAUUUCCCAGUUACAGACUCUGCUACAGUACCGCCAGGAAGUGCUAGGUUUAGCCUUGACCCUCUGUUUUUGCAAGCGGACGGUGAACCCUGCCCAGCUCAGUCAGACAGCUGUACGCAAAAGAUUGUUCACAGUGUGCAGAACCUCACUCAGCUUCUAUACAGUUUACAGGCUGCCGUGACUGUUCAGGACAGUUACAUUGAAGUGCAACGCCUGGUCUUGCAGGAGCGUGAACGAUCCGCUCACACCCAUGGCCCCCGAGGAAAUAUGCUUCUUGAGCAGGAGAAACAGCGCAACAUGGAGAAGCAAAGGGAGGAACUGGCAAACGUGCAGAAGCUUCAAAAUCAGCUGCACGCCGAGCAGCAGCGCUGGGAGCAGGAGUGUGACCGUAGGCAGCGGGAGCAGGCGGCGCGAGAGAGCAGACUGCAGGAACGCGAGCGUGAAUGCGAAGAGCAGGUGCAGCAGCUGGGGAAAGAACGGGAAGAGCUGGACAGCCAGUUGAAGGAAUACCAGCAAAAUCUGGAGAGAUUGAGGGAAGGCAUGAGAAUGCUGGAUAAAGAAAAAGAAAAGAUGGAAUUGCAGCAGAGGCACCUAAAUGCCUGGAAGCACAUACGGCAGCGAAGUCUCCCAGUGAUGAUGUUACCAUUGGAAACCCCUCAGGCCCCCUCUCACUCUCGAACAGGAAGCCUGGAUGGCACACCACCAGAUACAGCAUCCAUUUUUGUAAAUGAGGCCGCACUCCAGUAUUCUCUGAACAACCACCAGAGACCAAACAGUGUUCAGACAUUUUCCGAGUCUCACAGGGUGGAGAGCUCCCUGGGCUCCAUUAUAAGGAUUAAUGACAACUUGAAGCAUGAAGUUCCAGUUCAGCUUCUGAGUACAGCCAAUCAGCUCCUGAAACUUACAAGUGUCCAGCAACAAAUCCCAACAAAACUAGCAAGUUUUUCCAAAGGAAACAAGGAAAAAAACAAAGCUUACCAUGAUCCAUCCAACUACAUAAGAGAAAAGAUUUGCACAAAGGGAGAUGAUGCUGAAAAGGCCGGUAGUUCUUCAGGUCAUGUGUUAAUGGAACAUCAGAGUUUGAUCUUCCAUUCAGAUCUGAACACCAAACAACCAGCCUUGUCUGUCCAGCAACCUGCAACAAGUAUUCUACGUCCUUGGGGUUUGCAGUCACAACAAGAGGUGCAGCACUUAGUGGAGGGGCCCUUGUUUAUCCCACAAGAAAGAAAAAAUGGACAAGAGGAUGAGGCAGAGGAGGAAAACGUAUUUUACUUCUGAAUCCCUUUCAUAAUCAGCACUUUUAAGUCAAACUGGAACAACAGACCACCUUGACCUCUUGGUUGCAUUCGGUUAAAUGUUACAAGUACUGAAAUCUGGUAGUAAAUUCUUUACUAAGCCUUGUGGGUCCACAAAUGCUUAUAAACCUUGAAGUUUCAUGAAAUUUAUUAUGCAUUUCAGUUAGUGAUAAGAUUGAGAUACAUGAAAUAAUAUAUCAUCUGUUAUGUCAUGCCAAAUGAAGCAGUAAUAAAUCAGAAAUGACCAUAUCUAACCUGCAUUCUUUUAAUUUCAAGGACAGGUUUUGCAACUUUUCUAAAGUAAAACACUAUCUUGCUUAGUGUAAACUUUGUUUCCCAGGGGCACAGUGGCCUCCCUCUGUGCUGCUGCCUGUGGUUAUUUAAGUUGUUUGGUUUGAUUUGCUAUACAAGUUGGCUUUCCAUUUCAGUUCGAUCAUACCUUUCUUGAAUAUUGCAUAAAUAUACCUUAAUUGCUUUCUUUUUGAGGUGUUGAUUCAGUUAACCCAACCUUUUGUGCUGUUGUACCAUAUACUUGGAAUGUAGCAAUGUUCCGAUGAGGAAGUCCAUUAUAAUCAACCAAAUAGUUUUCGCCAACACAAAUAUCUUAUCCUACUGAUAUCUUAGGAUGCUCUCUGUGAAGCCAUUCAAUAUGUUGUGGAAUUUGCCAUUCCUCUGUGUAUCCAGUGAUUUUCUGGGUAAUUUCUGGGUCACUAUCUUCCAUAUUAAAGUAGUUAAAUCCAAAUUACUACUUUUCCACUUAGGAGUCUGUUUUGGUGAUUAUUAUUGUCCAAGUUGUACUCAGGUUAAAAACACUAGGGUAUUAAAGAAAGACCCUAUAUUUAUAAAGUCUCAUUCAUCACCUCAGGCUGUCCAAAAUGCUUUAUGCUUUAUUGUUAGUGAAGUAGUAGGUCUCAGUUUAAUCACCGCUCUUUGAAUUUUAACAUUUUCUAUACGUGUCCUCCUCAUAGUCUAUAUAGUUCAAAGUUCACUUUGCCCUUUCGAUAGUAAUGGUCAGAAAUGUUUCUAAAAUAACUAGUGAUAUUGUAGUACACUUCAGCUUGUUCAUUACCACUUUCUGAGACCCUUGUUCCAGCUAAAGCUCUAACAACCUAUUUAUUAAAAAUUCUUGCUUCUUAUUAUCUUGUGGUUUCAGAAAAUGUCCCAAAAAUGCCUCCACAAAUUUGCCUCCACAAAUUUCCUUCCUCUGCUGUGACCUGCAGAAAACGCUGAUCAUUUUAUACAUACUCACCUCCUCAGUAAGUCUCACCACUUUGUCUCUGCAUGUUAAGUAGGAAGUACCACGUAUUGGUACAAUUUUUCAAGCUAAAAUCUUGCUUUACAUUUGCUCUGUUAAUUAUUUGUUAUAUCUCAUCUUGUCCUUUGCUAUUCUUAAUAUCUUCCCCUUCAUUCACACAUCAGGAUUUGAUGUUAUCAGGAAACUUGCACGUGCAUUUCUAAGUAGUUUUGUCCAUUUUGCAGACAGUAAUGGAGCAAGCAGAGAUCUUCAAGCACACUGCUUGCUGCCUCCUUCCUGCUGAUGCAGCUCCAGGCACAGAGACCCUUUGUUUCUUCUGAUUCAGCCAAUUUCCACAUCACUUGUGAAAAUUGGCUGCCAUUUAGAAGAAUGUGCCCUUGAGUUUAUUAACCUUUAAAACUGCCUACAGUUGUGUUUGCAAUUCUUUGUUAAACUAUUAUUGAUAGUAAUCUCUGGUUCUGCUUAUUCUCACUUUUUUUAAAAAUGUUAUAUUUUGUUGCUCUUUUUUUUCAAAAUUACCAAUUAUGUUCAUUACAAGAGUUUGGAAUUUUAUUGGAUCGUACCUCCCCCAUUAAACCUUCAGGAUAGCCGUGUUAAUUCUGAAGCUUAUGGAUCACAGUGUAGAGAAAUGUACUGAUGGCUGAGAACAGAAGUAAAAAUCCAAAAUGAUAUUCAUUUAUAUUGAAGUAUCACAUCUAUUCGACUGGC